CCACUGUAUGACUGCACUACCGGCCAGGCAUCUGCCAAGCCCAGCCCAAGCCCAACCCUAAGUGGAUGUCAGGGGUCCUUGUCACUCCCUGGGAGAGAGAAGAGAGGGUAUUUAAGAGGUCUGGGUGCUACUGAAGAUACAGAAGAACUUCAACAUUCACCUGGGAGUCACUCCGAACCGAACAAACACAACUUGUACUUUAUUCCUCUUCUCUCAGUAGAGAUGACUGGAGCCGCUGUGUCCUUGUGUCUACUCUUCCUCCUGUCUGUCUGUUCAGCCUGCUAGAUCUCCAACUGUCCCAUCGGGGGCAAAAGAUCCAUCAUGGACGCUCCACAAUGCAAGGUGAACCGCAACUGGAUCUGUCUAGAAUCUAGAUCUAGACUAUUUAAAUAUAAUAUGUAUUGUAAAUAACAGGUAUGAUUUAUCUUAGAGAUGCAUCAAGAGGAGUAGGAGUGAGGCUCUGUAGAAGUACUGAAAGUGAGGCUCUGUAGAAGUACUGAAUUCUGAAGAAACUGCUUUUCUGAGAUUUGACAAUGCACCGUUACCUUCCCCGUGAAAAAAGGGAGAAAGAAUGUUGAUAAGAAUCUAUUUUUUUGAAUGAUGGUACGACUUAAUACCCGACUGUCCCUUCUCUCCCCCUGCAGUGCAUGUCAUGUGGGCCAGGGGAGCAGGGCCGCUUCUUCGGCCCCAGUAUCUGCUGUGGGAAGGGGCUGCUGGAUGGGCCCCCCAGAGACAGCACGCUGCAUGGAGGAGAAGUACCUGCCCACCCCCUGCCAGGCAGGAGGGAGACCCUGUGGAUCUGAAGCAGGACGCUGCGCCGCACCAGGAAUCU